GGGAGGGCGGCGAGGUAGGCUGCAGGAUGCUGCGCGCUGCACUGGCCCUGCUCGGGCUGCCCCUGGCGGGGGCAGGGGCGGCCGAAGAGCCCACCCAGGAGCCGGGGUCGCGGGGCGAACCUCCCCCAGGCUUGGCGCUCUUCCGCUGGCAGUGGCACGAGGUGGAGGCGCCUUACCUGGUGGCCCUGUGGAUUCUGGUGGCCAGCUUGGCCAAAAUCGUGUUUCACCUGUCUCGGAAGGUAACAUCUCUGGUCCCUGAGAGCUGCCUGCUGAUUUUGCUGGGCCUGGUACUAGGGGGCAUUGUCUUGGCUGUGGCCAAGAAAGCUGAGUACCAGUUGGAGCCGGGUACCUUCUUCCUCUUCCUGCUGCCUCCUAUUGUGCUGGACUCAGGCUAUUUCAUGCCUAGUCGGCUGUUCUUUGACAACUUGGGUGCCAUCCUCACCUAUGCUGUGGUGGGCACACUCUGGAAUGCCUUCACAACAGGCGCUGCUCUCUGGGGCCUGCAGCAGGCUGGACUUGUGGCCCCCAGAGUGCAGGCUGGCCUGCUGGACUUCCUGCUGUUCGGGAGCCUCAUCUCAGCAGUGGACCCUGUGGCUGUACUGGCUGUCUUUGAGGAGGUGCACGUCAAUGAGACUCUCUUUAUCAUCGUUUUUGGGGAGUCCCUGCUCAAUGAUGCAGUCACUGUGGUGCUGUACAAGGUCUGCAACUCCUUUGUGGAGAUGGGCUCUGCCAACGUGCAGGCCACUGACUACCUGAAGGGAGUCGCCUCCCUGUUUGUGGUCAGUCUGGGCGGGGCAGCUGUGGGCUUAGUCUUUGCCUUCCUCCUGGCCCUGACCACACGCUUCACCAAGCGGGUCCGCAUCAUCGAGCCGCUGCUGGUCUUCCUCCUCGCCUAUGCAGCCUACCUCACUGCUGAAAUGGCCUCACUCUCUGCCAUUCUUGCGGUGACCAUGUGUGGCCUGGGCUGUAAGAAGUAUGUGGAGGCCAACAUCUCCCAUAAAUCACGCACAGCUGUCAAAUAUACAAUGAAGACUCUAGCCAGUUGUGCUGAGACUGUCAUCUUCAUGCUGCUUGGCAUCUCGGCUGUGGACUCUUCUAAGUGGGCCUGGGACUCUGGGCUGGUGCUGGGCACCCUCUUCUUCAUCCUGUUCUUCCGAGCCCUCGGCGUAGUCCUGCAGACGUGGAUGCUGAAUCAGUUCCGGUUGGUCCCUUUGGACAAGAUUGACCAGGUGGUGAUGUCCUAUGGGGGCCUGCGGGGGGCUGUGGCCUUUGCUCUCGUCAUCCUGCUGGAUAAGACCAAGGUCCCUGCCAAGGACUACUUUGUGGCCACCACUAUUGUGGUGGUCUUCUUCACAGUCAUUGUGCAGGGCUUGACCAUCAAACCACUGGUCAAGUGGCUGAAGGUGAAGAGGAGUGAACAUCACAAACCCACCUUGAACCAGGAGCUGCAUGAGCACACUUUUGACCACAUUCUGGCUGCAGUGGAGGACGUUGUGGGGCACCAUGGCUACCACUACUGGAGGGACAGGUGGGAGCAGUUUGACAAGAAGUACCUGAGUCAGCUGCUGAUGCGGCGGUCAGCCUACCGCAUCCGGGACCAGAUCUGGGAUGUAUACUACAGACUCAAUAUCCGGGAUGCCAUCAGCUUCGUGGACCAGGGAGGCCAUGUCUUGUCCUCCACAGGCCUCACUCUGCCCUCUAUGCCCAGUCGCAAUUCUGUGGCAGAGACCUCUGUCACCAACCUGCUGAGGGAGAGUGGCAGUGGAGCGUGUCUGGAUCUGCAGGUGAUUGACACAGUACGCAGCGGCCGGGACCGUGAGGAUGCUGUGAUGCAUCAUCUGCUCUGUGGAGGCCUCUACAAGCCACGCCGCAGGUACAAAGCCAGCUGCAGCCGCCACUUCAUCUCUGAGGAUGCGCAGGAACGGCAAGACAAGGAGAUCUUCCAGCAGAACAUGAAGCGGCGUCUGGAGUCCUUUAAGUCCACCAAGCACAACAUCUGCUUCACCAAGAACAAGCCACGAACCCGCAAAGCCGGCCGCAAGAAGAAGGAUGGUGUGGCUAAUGCUGAGGCUACAAAUGGGAAACCUCCUCGAGACCUGGGCUUUCAGGAUACAGCUGCUGUGAUACUAACUGUGGAGUCUGAGGAGGAAGAUGAGAGCGACAGUUCAGAGACAGAGAAGGAGGACGACGAGGGGAUCAUCUUUGUGGCUCGGGCCACCAGUGAGGUUCUCCAAGAGGGCAAGUUCUCAGGAAGCCUUGAGAUAUGCCCUAGCCCACGCAUCAUUCCUCCCUCUCCAACCUGUGCAGAGAAGGAACUACCCUGGAAGAGUGGGCAAGGGGACCUGGCAGUGUAUGUGUCUUCAGAGACCACCAAGAUUGUUCCUGUGGACAUGCAGACAGGCUGGAACCAGAGCAUGUCAUCCCUGGAGAGCCUGGCAUCCCCUCCUUGUACCCAGGCCCCCACUCUAACCCGCCUGCCCCCACACCCACUGGGUACUGAAGAGUCCCAGGCGCCUCUUGAGCUGUCCUCUGAUCCCCGUCCUAGCUUUGCCUUUCCCCCAAGCCUGGCCAAGGCUGGCCGAUCUCGAAGUGAGAGCAGUGCUGAUAUCUCCCAGCAGCAGGAGCUGCAGCCCCUCAUGGGCCAUAAAGGCCACACCCAUCUUAGCCCUGGCACUGCUAAUUCCCAUUGGUGCAUUCAAUUCAACAGAGGAGGGCGGCUGUAGCCCAGCGUCUGGGGAAGAAUAGGUGACAGAACCCUUGUGGGAAGUAUUCCCUGAGCAAUGGGCAGAGGAGCUCACUCAGCCUGACAUGGGGCCAGAAGAGUCUGGACUGAAGCAGAACUAGGUUUCCUUGGGGAUGGUCAAAAGGGUCUCCUGGGCUGGUCCUCACAGAGACUCUUCUCAUCCCUGCUCCUAACCCCUUCCAUUUCCAUUUCAGUAAUGGCUCAGGACCCAGUCCAAAGUUCUAGGGGCUGGGCCCAGAGAUUUGGGUAGCUGAUGUCCCUUCCCUAGGGAGUCUUCCUAGGCUCACUGUAGACAGCUAGCUGUUCCUGCCCCUAAAAUAAGGACAUCAUUCCUUCCCUGCCCUUUACCCUGUCCCUAGUACUAGGUCAGGGACAGUGCCCUAACAGUGAGGCUCAGCAAGAGGCUGGUCCUCAGAAGCACUGGAGUGGGAGAGGGAGUGGGCCUCACCCUUGGUCUCUGGUGCCCUAUUGGGUCAGUUGGUUUUUUUGUUUUGUUAGGGUAGUGGGCAUCUUUGUCUCUAAUCCUUGCUUUAGCUCUUUCCCUUUGCUGCCAGGUAUUGGGGUAAUGGUUCUUCCUUUUCCAGGACCAGGGCCCUGGGCCAGGCUUCAGUUAAAACUGCUUCUUAGCCAGAGUCCCUCUGGGGAUCUGGUACUAUGGGCCCAAAUCUGGGACUCUCUGAUGCUUGAAUCUGGGUUUUCUGAGGAGGGGACACAGUAGCCUCUGGGCUCCCAUGUCACCAUCUCAACAUUCCUCAGAGAAGGAACCAGGUAUCCCAGGGCUACUGCUCCAUUGCUCCAGGGGCUGAGAUGCCUAGCUGCAGUGAUAGCAGGGGCUGAGUGACAAGUGGCUUUCCUGAGGUUAGCCCCUGCCUUGUGUUUUGUACCUUAGACCCAAGAUAUAUUAAAAAUCUCUCAGAUGGA